UCGGGCCCUCGGUCGCCGACGCAGCCGACGCAGCCGACGAUGACGGCGGUGCGUCGCCUCUGACCCGCGCGGGUCACGUCCCUGCCGCCGGCGAUGCGAGCGCCGCGACGCCUCCCGGAAGGGAAAGAUGAGGCCGUCGCGAUGUCUGCUCAUCACGUUGGCGAGCCUGCUGCUCGUCCAGCAGACGCGCGCGUGGCCCCCCCGCCUACGUCACCGCCACGGCGACCCGCGCUGCUCCGCCUGCCCUCCCGGCGCAGGGGUGUCCAGUCCCUGCUCGCCUCUCCGCGACACGCUCUGCUCCACCUGCCCCCAAGGGCUAGCCUACUCGCCGCACCACUCUGCGCGCGCCGCCUGCGCGCUCUGCUCCCGCUGCGGGCCGGGCCUGUUCGAGGCGCACCCUUGCACUCCGCGCAGCGACACCGUGUGCGACGACUGCUCCAACCCGCGGCCGCCGCCCGCCGCCAACGGGGACUACUCAGCCAAGUGCCGCCUCUCCUGACCUGACCUGACGCUGUGGCCCGUGGGGGGGCCUCCCAGGGCGGUAGAGCCUAUCAGCCAAGAGCGCCGUAUUAAGAAAGAAAUGGGGGCAUAAUCAUAAUCCUGACGCUGUAGCCCGUCACUGUUUCAACUUGUGCACUUUCAGAGUCACUUUAUCACUUACAUGAAUUUUUUUUUUUAACUUUAUUCCUAACCUAAAUUUAAAAAAAAAAAACUAAGUGUGUUGGGUCAGGGUUCCGGGUUAGGGAGGGAGACUUUAAGUGCGUCUCGGGCCGAAGCCUUAUACGCUCUAGUCAUGCAGGGUUUAAGCCAAUGCGCGAGAGGGAAGCAUGCAUCAUGUGCUAGGAGGGGGAUUGGCCAGCCAUGGCAGCAAUUGGCGCCAUGACUAACUCCCCUCACUGACUAUGCUAGGUCAGUAACUAGAUAAGUUGGGCCCAGGUCAAACCUGCAUAGACACAGGUGAAACCCUGGGCACUGACAUGUGGGAUGCAAAAUGUCAUGCAUUAAUUACAUGCGGGUUGGCUACGGGAAUAGAAGGAUGGCUCAGGAAGAAGAGUUGGAAGAGUAGAAAAUAUCUACUAAGCAAGGGCGGGCACUUGGACAUUUUUGUCCGCAUUGGGGGUUUUGCUGCAACACAUUGGAGUUUGAGCUUAUUUUGAACUGAGUAAUAAUUUGGUUAAUUUAUGUUUAUUUAGAACAUUGUCUUUUCUCUCUCUCCCUUUCCCUCUCCCCCUCCCCCUCCCCCUCCCUCUUCCAUUUUGCCCCUUACGAUAUAAUUACGAGUCGAGGUUUGAAUUGCCAAAGAAGUUUCACUUCUAUAACACACACACACACACACACACACACACACACACACACUUUUUUUCGUGCAAACGCAUUUCGGAAUUUUUACUUCAAGUAACUUAAUUUAGUUUCCCUGGAGGAAAAGUCUAACUAUUCAGUUAAGUAACCAUUAUUAUUAUUUAUUUUAAAGUUAACUGUUUUUAUUCUGUAAUUUAUUUAUAUAUUCUACUAACAUUCCAAAAAUUUAAAAGUUUUAACAUUUGCAAUUAAAUACACGUAAAAAAAAUCACUUUUUUUUCAUGGAUGUUGAUUCACUUGAAAAGUCCACAAGUUGAAUAUUGUUUCAUGUAAAUAUUAACAAGUAAAAAAAAAGCUAGUGUAUGCCCUUAACAGGUAGGCAUCUGACACAAGAAGGAUUUCUUUUUAGUGUUACUUGUCACAUUGAGUGUUCGGUAGUCCAUAAACACCCAGCAGGACUCUGAGCCAGUGGUCAGGUUGCUCAGUUUCGUGAAGCCAGGUUUUAAGUCAUAAACAAAGCUAAUGGUAAAAAAAAACAAUAGAUUCGGGAAUAUUAGGGAUUUUUUUUGCAUCAUGGCUAUCUUGCUGUGUUUUACGCGCCUGUCGUGGCGAAGAGUUAUGAAUGGUGUUUCAGUGAUGAAGUCCCCCACUGCUUUUAUUACUGAUACUUACUGCUCGUUCAGCUGUCAGUAGCGAGGGCAAAAUCCCAUGCGGCCAAGUCACACAAAAGGAGUUGUUGUGCUUAAUGGGUUGUCGAUCGCCCUGUGAACCUUUGUGUGAUUUGUGUGUGCCAGUGAAAUGGUGUCCCUGCUUCUAUACGGUGCAGCGAACUUGUUAUGCAAGAUCAAUUUUGUUUUUUCGCCUCGUAGGUCUACUCUCGAGGCAGACUGCUCCUCGAACCCAUAUUAUACGAGUUGAGUAGGUGGUACAUAUUCGCAUGCGCCAUAAACCUAUCUAAUUUGAUGCAUUUGCAGUUGGAUAAUAAUGAUUUGCUGGACAGCUGGAUCCAAAAAAAUAGGCAAAAAAAGGCUGAAUUAUUUCUUGAAUAAUUGAUCUGGUAGUAAUGUGAAAUUUUGUGGUGCUUUGAUUGUAUAGUACCAAUAACUCCACUUCGCUGUCCCAUGUGGAAUAUUUAUUUGGAUUUUUUUUGUGUAUAUAUAAUUGUGGGUGUUCGUUUGUGCAGGUUUUCUUGUAUGAUUAAGCAAAAAGUUUAUAAUAAAUUUCAGCAAGUUACGCGAGUCAUACUAUAAAAAAAUAAUUUGUUAAAAAUUAUAGAUUGUGGAUAUUUUGUAUGUGUAAUAAUUUUAAAUGUGACCGCUCCUUGUUUGUAUAGUUGUAGUGAUCCUCAUCAAGCAAUCAAUUUGAUUUCAAAUAUAAAUAAAAAUAACAAAAUUAGGUCAUUUACUUUUAAGUUUAUAGUCAGAAUAUAGGAACGCCACCAGAAUCCAAAUUGGUAUAAAAUAAUAAUGGCUCCGAAUUUAUAUAUUUAAAAUAUUGUUAAAAUGUUCUCCCUAAAACUCUCCAAGCUUUUCCCUGGUGAAAUAAUUAAGGAUUUUAUACUACUAAAAAAAUGCACAUGCACUUUAUAACUUGUUAAAUUUAGGUUGUUCAAUUUUCUAUUUUUUUAUUUUAAAUAAUUUACAUAUGUUCAACCAAACCACAUAUACUGUGCUGGAAAAAACUUUCUUAGUUUUAACAAUGAUUUUUUUUAAGUAGGUUCUAUUUGUACAGUGUAAGAACUUUUUAUAAUUUUUUGUAGAAAUAUGUAGAAUACUUCUGUGCUCUGUCUUCAAAUGUGUAAGUUUUUUUUUUUUUUUUUGAUACAAUGUUUUAUUAGGCCCGCUUGUGUUUGAAUUGUACAUAUUUUCAAUGGUUCAUUUUCCAAAUAAACAUUUUU